ACGCUACUGCUCACUUCUUGACGACCAAAAAGCUUCUUUUUCUCCUCGGCAGCACACUCCUUUACAAAACCGCACCGAACGUCGGAGAAAACGCAAGACAAGCUCCAAGGAAAUCGAAGCGAGUCUUAGACAGACAAAGAGGAAUAAAGAAGAAGAGGAAGGUGGAGGAGGAUAAGAUGUCGUGGCAAACCUAUGUAGAUGAGCAUCUCAUGUGCGAAAUUGAAGGCAAUCACCUCGUCGCCGCGGCCAUCCUCGGCCAAGACGGAAGCGUUUGGGCCCAGAGCUCCACUUUCCCUCAGUUCAAGCCUGAAGAAAUAACUGCCAUUAUAACGGACUUUGAUGAACCUGGAACGCUUGCUCCGACUGGAUUGUACCUUGGUGGCACAAAGUACAUGGUGAUCCAAGGCGAGGCGGGAGCUGUUAUUCGAGGGAAGAAGGGUCCUGGCGGUGUUACCGUGAAGAAGACUAAUCAGGCCUUAAUCAUUGGUAUCUAUGAUGAACCAAUGACUCCUGGUCAGUGCAACAUGAUUGUUGAAAGGCUUGGCGAUUAUCUCAUUGAGCAGGGUCUCUAAUCGCCUUGUGAAAUAAUACUACCAAGUAUGAAGAGUUAUGGUUUGGAACCAAAGGUUUGGUUUGGUGCUUGAGAAGUAAUGAUUAUGGUCUCUUGGUCUUUGUUUUUGUACUCUUUUGAUGGGAAGUAUUGUGUUGAUUUAACCGAUCAUAAAGUAUUGUGUUGAUUUUAAUGAUCGAUUUCUCUACACUACUGUUGUAUUCCGUUUAAUGUUAUCGAUUUGGCAUAAAUUAUUAAAUCUACAUAUCGUGUUUUUGUA